AUGAGUGGGCGCUUCACACCAGAGACAUACAACAUGAUCAACAACAAUUGCAACAAUUUCAGCGAUGAACUGUCGACAAUGCUGACAGGCAACAGCAUACCGGCUGACAUCCUCAGCAUGCCCAGCGAUGUACUGUCGACCCCUAUGGGCCAGAUGCUGCGCCCAUUCCUGGAUCAAAUGCAAGGGCAACUGGGAAACAUCACGGAAGGGCCAAUCUCACAACCAGUGGCAUCCACAACUGCGCCCAGUCGGGAGAGCCCUUCACAAUCUGUGGCACGAGAUGUCCCUUUAGAGACACCAAAGGACCAAGUGCAGGGAGAUUCGCAUAGAAGCAAAGUUGAGACUACCACUUCAAAUGGGAAGGGCUUGCUGCCAUGCAUGAAUGAAUAUCCUUUCAUGCAAACGUGA